CAAUAAGUUGAAAAACUAGUUCUUGGUCGGAUCGUAUUAUGAAUAGGUAAACAGAGCUCAUCGUACAUGUAACAGUGACCAUCGAAUUUACCUAAACAAAACAAACUAUUAGUUCUAGUCAAUUUCACUUUUAUUUUAGUUCUAACGUGAUUUUUUAUAAUUAUGAAAUUAGUAAAAUCGAUCGGUUUCAUUAUUCAUUUAUUUUAUUUUAGUUUAUUCGUACGUUCGAAUGUCUAUGGUCAAUCAACAACGACACCUUCAACUUCUCAACCUCUCGAGAAAUCAUGCACGAUACCUUCGUCGUUCGCUGACAAAUCAGUUUCAUAUAAAUGCUAUGGAGAAACAGCAAAAUCCUGUAAUAAAAGCGGAGAUACUGUGAUACCUCAAUUUACCAUAGCUAAUUUUGAAUGUAAUCCUGGAUACGUUAAUGACCAAGGGAAUAAAUUUCGAUCGGUUUGCUUAGAAUCUGAAUGGGUACCUCCUAUUUAUAAGUGUAAUAAAAUUUGUGAUAAGCUGACUCCAGUCAACGUUGAUCUAGCUUGUUUUUAUAAAGGAAACGCGGUCGAUUGCGAAGGUAAUUUAUUCCCUGGCACAAAAAUUCGACCAAUAUGUAAACCAUUGCACACGAAUAGAGAUUUCAGCAGCGGUGUUUAUAAAGAGAUCACUUGCCUAGAAGAUGGAAAAUGGGAUCACACAUUAUUCUCUUGCAUUCCAGAAUGUGGACGUCCAUUUAAUAUUUCAUUUAAUAAGUUAGUCUACAAACGAUCUACACCGGAACGAUACCUUGAUUCUCCAUGGCACGUGGCUAUUUAUGAUAUCAAAAGAAAUGUGCUGAUAUGUGGAGGUACAAUUAUAUCUCCUCGUCUAGUCAUAUCAGCUGCAUAUUGUUUCUACGAUCAAGCCAAUGAUAGAAAACUGGAUCCUAGUAAUUACGACAUCGUUGUUAGCAAAGCUAGUACUAAAUAUUCUGAAAUAGAUAACAGCGAUCAACGAAGCUACAAGAUUAAAGAAAUCCGUUUCUCGAACCGAGGGUAUCGAGGAUCAGCUAAUUAUUUCGCAUCCGAUAUCGCCAUUUUGAUUCUAACCGCAAAAAUAAACACAAGUUUAACCGUUCUACCAGCGUGUGUUGAUUGGACCUAUACUGAUCUGUUUCAUCCUCCUGAAGAAACAAUUGGCAAAACUGUGGGCUGGUACGAAGGUCGUGUAGCUUUACAAACGGAUACUUUUGUCUUCAUCAGUCGUUCAAGAUGUUUUAACUCAACCUCGCGUGAAUUGUACCCCUUCAUUACUUCGGAUAAAUUCUGCGCCAGGAUAAACGAUGGACGUAUUAUUUCUGGAGGUGCUGGCGAACCCCCUAGCAAUAGCGGGACAGGUUUGAUGUUCCGUGAAGGACCUGCAUACUAUAUUCGAGGUAUCCUUAGCCAAUUUCCGUUGCAUGGAGAUUUAUCAUUGUUUAUUGAUUUGGCUACUCAUAUUGAUUGGAUUUUAUCGGUGCGAAAUGAAGUCGAAGAGAACGUAAUUGAUAAACAAAUAACUAUCAAAUUAAAGAAUAAGAGUCAAUGAUUGUAUUUUCAUAAUACUUACAUAAUGAAGCAUUUAUAUGUAUGUAGUACCUACCUAUGUUACCUACUUUUAUUACCUAUAUUAUGUACGAUAUUCAGGAUACAUAAAUUGGAUGCAUAAAACAUUAGCUUAUAAAAACUGAAAUACAUAUAGUAAAAUGCCUGGCUACAAUUCAA